UAACUGUGUGGUCUGGUCCUGCUCUUAGGGAAGUGAAAUGGAUGAAUCUGGACUGUCAAAGUGGUUUGACCAAAACCUACUAGACACUAAGUUAGGAAAAGUUGUGGUAAAGCCAACAAGAGCAGGAUCAAGCAUUGGAGUUAGUGUUGCCUAUGGUGUCACUGAUUCUCUGCAAAAAGCUAACACAAUUAUUUCUGAGGGGAUUGAUGACAAAGUCCUUGUUGAAAUUUUCCUUGAAGGAGGUAGUGAAUUUACAGCAAUUGUCCUUGAUGUAGGUUCUGGUUUUGGUUGCCAGCCUGUUGUAUUAUUGCCAACAGAGGUGGAGCUGCAAUCACAUGGCACUGUUGAUGUUAGGGAGAAAGACGCUAUAUUUAACUAUCGACGGAAGUAUCUCCCUACUCGGCAGGUUGCUUAUCACACUCCACCUAGAUUCUCUGUGGAUGUGAUUUCAAAGAUACGUGAAGGGGCGUCAUUACUAUUUCAGCGGCUUGGUUUGCGUGAUUUUGCUCGAAUUGAUGGCUGGUUUUUGCCGCCUUCUAUGAAAGCUUCCUCUUUUGCAGGAAACAAAUUUGGAAGGACUAAUUCUGGCACAGUUAUAUUCACCGAUAUCAACUUGAUCAGUGGAAUGGAACAAACGAGUUUCUUAUUUCAGCAAGCGUCAAAGGUUGGAUUUUCACACUCAAAUAUUCUCCGGACCAUCAUCCAACAUGCUUGCUUGCGGUUUCCAGCUCUUUUGUCACAUAAUAUCAUAUCAAGUCCCUCGAGAAGGAGAUCAAAAUCUGCAUCAGUAACUGAAGCAUUUAUUAAACAACAUAAAAAAGUUUACGUCAUCUUUGGUGGUGACACCUCUGAACGCCAAGUAUCUCUUAUGAGCGGAACCAAUGUUUGGCUGAAUCUAAGAGCAUCUGAUGAUCUUGAAGUGACGCCGUGCUUGCUUUCCCCUGCAACGAGCUAUUCUGAUGUUUCAGACUUCGGUAAACAUGAAGUAGAUAAGAAGUUUAAGACAGUAUGGACAUUGCCUUAUUCCCUUUUGCUGAGACAUACUACAGAAGAAGUCCUUGAUGCGUGUCUAGAGGCAAUUGAACCCAAUCGGGCAGCUCUGACAUCUCACUUGCGAAACCAAGUUAUGGAUGAUCUCACUAGAGGUCUUAGAAAGCUCAGUUGGUUCAAUGGGUUUGAUAUAUCUGAUGAAUUACCGAAGAAAUUUUCCCUGGAGCAGUGGGUGAAGCUGGCUAAGGAAUCUCAGGCAACUGUUUUCAUUGCAGUGCAUGGAGGCAUUGGAGAAGAUGGUACACUUCAAUCUUUACUAGAGGCCGAAGGGGUUCCCUAUACAGGUCCUGGCGUCAUUGCUUCAAAAACAUGUAUGGACAAAGUUGCAACCUCUCUUGCUCUAAAACAUUUGACAGACUUUGGAGUCCUUACAAUAAAUAAAGAUGCGAGGAAGAAGGAUGAUCUCCUGAAAAUGUCCAUAUCUGAUCUCUGGCGUGACUUGAAGUCAAAACUUCACUGUGACACUUUAUGUGUUAAACCAGCCAGAGAUGGUUGCUCAACUGGUGUGGCCAGAUUGUGCUGUGAGGGGGACCUUGCCUUUUACAUAAACGCACUUCAGGAUUGCCUACCUCGUAUUCCUCCUAACAGCCUAUCAAAGGCACAUGGAAUGAUUGAGAUGCCAAACCCUCCUCCAGAGCUCGUAAUAUUCGAACCUUUUGUUGAGACUGAUGAGAUAGUUGUUGCAUCUAAAUCCAGAAACGAGAUUGCACACAAUUUACUCUGGAAAGGGGAUAGUAGAUGGGUAGAGGUCACUGUUGGUGUUGUAGGAAAACGUGGAUCAAUGCAUUCAUUGACUCCUAGUGUAACUGUGAAAGAAUCUGGAGGCAUAUUAUCACUGGAGGAGAAAUUCCAAGGUGGAACUGGCAUCAAUCUGACUCCACCGCCACCAUCUAUUAUGAGUAGUUCCGCCUUGGAAAGGUGUAAAAAGCAUAUUGAACUUAUUGCAAACACUCUACAAUUAGAAGGAUUUUCACGUAUUGAUGCAUUUGUUCAUGCUGACACUGGUGAGGUGUUGAUUAUAGAAGUGAAUACAGUUCCUGGAAUGACUCCUUCCACUGUCUUAAUUCAUCAGGCACUUGCAGAGCAACCUCCCCUGUAUCCACAGCAGUUCUUUCACACGUUGCUUGAUCUGGCAUCGGAGAGAUCCAUGUGAAGAGUUCAGGGUGUGCAUGGCUUUAUUUCCUUCUUUGUAUCUGUUUUCCAUCCAUCUAUUUCUUUUCCAUGCUUUGGAAGUAUGCCAAUUCAAGGCUGUUUGUAAAAUGUAGUGAGGGGAACCUUUCCAGGAUUGUUUUGUCUACCAAGUGUACAUGUUGAACUACACCAAAUGCAGAUCUCCCCUCUGUUCUUCUAAUAAUCUGAUGGUUGUUUUAUAUUUCCACUGUGUAAUCGGGGGGAAGUGCACACUUAGCCAGUAAUAAGACAUUUAUUUACUUUUAAGUCA